AUGCUACACAAGGAUUGGCCUUAUCACAAGAAGAUAAACCUUUAAUCAAUAUUUACGAUGGUAAAGAGAGUAAAAUUCCCAUUAAAGUGUUGGAUAAAAAUCAUAUGGGUCCAGUGGUCACAAUUAAAUAUAAUCAAGUCUUCUCAACGGUCAUUUCCAUCGAUAAAACCUCCAUGAUUGAAUAUUGGUCAUCAGCUCAGUAUAAUUACUUUGCAACACUUUCGGCUGAUCGUAAAAUCCGAUUAUUCAAAUUUAAAACGGACAAGAUGAUUAGAGUUUUCGAUGAAAGUUUACCGAUAUUCUGUAACCUACAAUCAGAGAAGAAAGUAUUACCACCAUAUGAAUUUAAUCGUCGAAAAGCAAUCGAGGAAGACCUGGAGCGAUCAGAGGCAUUUUCUCACCAAACAAUUUGCUUCGAUAAAAGUGGAACCUUUUUAAUUUAUCCAACACCACUUGGAAUUAAAAUGAUCGAUUGGUCAACCAAUAGAUGUCAUCGAGUUCGUGGUAAAGGUGAUUUGUCAUUAGUGAUGUUUCCCAUCAACAUUUAUUGGCAAUCACAUGGUGUGACCAUGGAAGGUUUAGUAAAUUUUACUUAUUCAUUGGCUGUUCACAAUGAGUCAGUAGCUGAGCCAGAAAAGAUCGGCGUGAGCCGAGUAAGAGUAAAAGCUGCUCUGACAGGAGAUCCAACCGGAACUGGAACCGGUGGUGAAUCAAUUUGGGGACAUGAUUUUAUCGAUGAAUUUCACCCUAACCUUAAGCACGAUAAACCUUACACCCUCAGUAUGGCCAAUUCAGGACCAAAUGCCAAUGGGUCACAAUUUUUCAUCACCGUUGUUCCUUGUCCAUGGUUGGAUAAUAAACACACGAUAUUUGGACGAGUCUUCAAAGGAAUGGAAACUUGUCAAAACAUCAGUCAAAUGAAAACAAAUCAACAAGAUAAACCACACGACGAAAUUAAAAUAAUCAAUAUUGCCCUAAAGUGA